GUUUUGUUCUGGUUAUCGGAUUGGUGACUUUCUACCGCAUCGGACCAUACACCAACCUCUCUUGGUCUUGCUAUCUGAACAUUGGAGCCUGUCUUUUGGCCACGCUGGCAGCUGCCAUUCUCAUAUGGAACAUCCUUCAUAGGCGUGAGGACUGCAUGGCACCCCGGGUCAUUGUCAUUAGCCGUACCCUGACCGCUCGGUUUCGCCGUGGCCUGGAAAACGACUACGUUGAGUCACCGUGCUGA